GACUGAGCAGUUCUCCCCAACAGCACACAUGGCUGUCAAAAAUUGCAUCAAGUACUCUCUCUUCUUCUUCAAUUUCCUCAGCGGGAUCUGUGGAUGUAUUAUACUUGGUGUAUCAAUAUACAUCAAAGUAAGCAACGACAGAGAUCUGACUGGCGAAAUUACAAGUCCAACAGCAGACCUUCUGCUUGCUAUCGGAGUGAUAACAAUGAUCUUUGGUUUCCUUGGUUGUUGUGGUGCCAUUCGUGAGAGCAAAUGUAUGCUCCUUCUGUUCUUCUCUGGUCUACUCCUCGUCUUUGUUUUCCUGCUGGCCUCCGGCAUCCUGGUCGUCCUAUUGAAGGAGAAGUCCAAACAGUUGAUUAUGAAGAAAAUGACGGAGCUGUCGCCUUUGAGCAAUGCGACUGAAGAAGUCUGGACGAUGGUGCAAGCCUUAGAGAAGCAGGGCAAAUGUUGUGGGCUGGUCAAAGGCCCCACAGACUGGGGCACCGUGGUACCUGCUUCCUGCGACUGCAAGGACAAGUCGGCCCCGUGUGAGAUGUUCGGCGAGCGAGAGCUUUACAAAACGCCUUGCACUGAGUUGCUGGAAACCUUCAUAGAACAACAUCUCACAGUAAUUCUAGGAGUUCCUUUUGCUCUCGCGGUCCUGAUGAUUUUGGGAAUGACCUUUGCCAUGAUUCUCUAUUGCCAAGUUGGCAGGACAGAGACAGCCACAGCUUGAUAUGUCUU